CGCAGUACGUCGUGCGUGAGGAGAAGGAAGCUGCGGCGAGCCGAGCCGAGCCGGGGUGGGGAGAGUAAGUGAGGGCGGAGAGCGCAGGCAGGAGAGGCAGCGCCGCACUAGCGCACUCACAGGCCGUACGUAACAGGGAGGCCGGAGUCGGCAGCGAGGCCUAGGGAGCCUACCCAGAAACGGUGGAAGAGUCUGGUUCAGUUGACAACAAUGCCAUUUCCAUUUGGCAAGUCACAUAAGUCUCCAGCAGACAUUGUGAAAAAUCUGAAGGAAAGCAUGGCAGUACUAGAAAAACAGGAUAUUUCUGACAAAAAGGCAGAAAAGGCAACAGAAGAAGUGUCAAAGAAUCUGGUGGCCAUGAAGGAGAUCUUAUACGGCACAAAUGAAAAAGAACCCCAGACUGAAACAGUGGCACAGCUUGCUCAGGAGCUUUAUAACAGCGGCCUCCUUAGUACUUUGAUAGCAGAUUUGCAGCUUAUUGACUUUGAGGGCAAGAAAGAUGUGGCUCAGAUCUUUAACAAUAUUCUGAGAAGGCAGAUUGGAACACGCACACCCACAGUGGAAUACAUCUGUACUCAGCAAAAUAUAUUGUUUAUGUUACUCAAAGGGUACGAAUCACCAGAAAUUGCUCUCAAUUGUGGCAUCAUGCUUCGGGAAUGUAUUCGACAUGAACCAUUAGCAAAAAUUAUACUGUGGACUGAGCCAUUUUAUGAUUUCUUCAGAUAUGUGGAAAUGUCAACAUUUGAUAUUGCUUCAGAUGCAUUUGCUACGUUCAAGGAUUUACUUACACGACACAAACUACUGAGUGCAGAAUUCUUGGAACAGUAUUAUGAUCGAUUCUUUAGCGAAUAUGAGAAGUUACUUCAUUCAGAAAACUAUGUCACAAAAAGACAGUCACUAAAGUUACUUGGAGAACUUUUACUGGAUAGACAUAAUUUCACCAUUAUGACAAAAUAUAUCAGCAAACCAGAGAACUUGAAGUUGAUGAUGAAUCUUCUGCGUGACAAAAGCCGCAACAUUCAGUUUGAGGCCUUCCAUGUGUUUAAAGUGUUUGUGGCCAAUCCAAAUAAGACUCAGCCUAUUCUGGAUAUCUUGCUGAAAAACCAGACUAAACUCAUUGAGUUUCUCAGCAAGUUCCAGAAUGACAGGACCGAAGAUGAACAAUUCAAUGAUGAGAAGACUUACUUGGUCAAACAGAUCCGAGAUCUAAAGAGACCGGCACCCCAGGAAUCUUAAAGCAAUGUUAUGAAACAGAACUUAAGCAACUGCUGUCUAUAACUGAACAUCAAGCACCCUUAUUCGAUUCUUAAGGAUUACUGCUAAUCUGCUGUCCCGUGAACGGUUUUUGUUUUUUUUUUGUUUUGAAGUCAAAGAUGAAUUUUAGCUGCUGCUUUCCUGCGCAUUAGAGCACAACAUGGACUUUCUCUGGAGUUUCUUGUCAUUGAAAUGAUACAAACGCACUGUCUUAUGGUUAAGUGUUGGUGAAGGGGAAUUUAGUUUGUUAGAAGUUAGGAAAUUAGAAUGGUUGAUAAAGGUUAACAACAGUAAAACCAAGAAUGUAUGCCUAGUUUUUAAUCCAUUAGGCAACUGUGUAAAUUUCUGAAGGAUUUGAUCUGUACUAACAGUUAAGGUCCCACGCCACAGUCAUAAGAGUUAGUGUUGGAUAUCCAUGCUGUUUAUUUUUCUUUUUGAACUUGGUGAAUUACUUGUGAUUUAAUUUAGUUGGGAACAUUUUUCUAUGAUCUGUUUUCUGAAAUCAUUUAAUAGCAUUUGCUCACAAUGAUUUAAAGUGAACUCAAACCUAUUGUGGGUUGAGGAGCGAAUUUAACUCAUAACUUUCUGGGAUGCAAUGUAAUGUGUGAUGGCCAUAGGGCAAUCUGGCUCACAGAAUUGUGGCACAGAUAUUUUCCUGGUGCUUUCCUAGUGAAUAGUGUGUUCUACCAAGAACACUUCUAAACCAGGGAAUUUAUUGGUGAAGAAAUUGAUCCAUGAAAUACUACUACCACCCUCCAAUGCCCCCACCCUAAUGCCGCAUACACAGAUUACAGAAUGUAGUGUUUGCCAGCAGGAUUUCUUUCCAUAGUUGUACACAAUUUAUAAUCCUGGCAAAGAACUGUAGAUCUGAAAAGUAUUCCUCCCUUCCAACCCUAUUCCAGCCCACCCUGGGAUAUGAUUGUCUCCCUGAAUGUAUUCAACUUUUGAGGAGAAUUAAUUUGUUGGAUAAGAGUUGUUCUUACAGGGAGAAUAAUGUACAUACACAUUUCAUUAGUUUAUAGACUUUUGCAGGCAAUUUGAUUUUCAAAAAUUGACAAUAGAUGCAUUCAAACAUGUUUUAGCCAUGUUAAUUUUAAUUAAAACUAUUUUCUGUUUCGGAGUUAGCAUUGCAACUCUGCACUUCAUUGGAGGGAUUUGCCAGUUCCUUGUACAUAACUCGUAGACCGCUCAGUUCUAAAAAUAAUUUUGUACAGUGGAGGAAUGUUAUUGUAUUAGUCUAACUAUUUACUUAAUAUUGAGUUUUGCAUAUGAAUGCUGGUAUGUAAUUUGAAUAUUUCUGCUGAUCCCAUGAAAUUGCUGAUUUAAUAUUUGUAGUAGAACAGCACUCAAAAAAAAUUCCAUACUUAAGCUAUCUGCUAAAAAGCUGCCGUGAUCAGAAUAGGCUAUCGUAUAAACUGGAUGCAACCACACUCCACCCACACCUUGCAAAAAAAAAACUGGAUUUAUCUUCACUAGCAGUGAACCCCACAUAUUCAGAUACUAAAAUUGGGAUUUCAUUUAAAAUUGGCUAAAUAAUCCUGCAGAAAAGUUCUUUGUUUGUCCUUAAUAAAAGCUCACUAAAUAAGGUUGUAGUAUAAUUUUAUUUUCUUUCCAUACCAGUUUUAAACUCUCAGCCCUUGUAUUAAAUGUGUGUUGGCUUUUAGAUUCCAGGGCAACAGGUUUUCCACUUUUAUAAGCUUGGAAGUAGAAGAAGAUACCCGAAAGAAGUUGGUGCGAUUUUACAAACAUCCUUGCUACAAUGUUUUCUGUUGGGAUGUACUGAAAUGGUUAUUUAGUAAAUGUUGCACACCAGAUCUAAAGCCAAUAUAAACUGAUCAUGCCAAAAAGUAGUUUUAAAACAUUUCCAAAACUACCAUGAAUUUGUCUAUUCUUUUCCACCUCAUGACAAUUUCAUGAUAGACCGAGUGAUCUUGUACUACUGAUACUAGAAAUAUUGUAUUUGAAGUCACUAAUGUGAAUUUAGCCAUAACACAAUUAGUCAAUAUUUUAAAUUCCUGUGGAGUUACUGGCAGAACUAGAUUAUUUGAUUGUCCAUUUAAUACUUACACUUUUGACACUUCAAUUUCAGGAUGGAUAUAAUGCAUGUUUUGUCAGUGGCUGGGAGGAGUUAAUCUACGCCUUGCUUGAAACUUGGUUGUUAAUAUUGAUUAUAGUUUACUCCUGGACACUUACGAUUGCUUUCAGUGUUGCGUAUACACUUCAAUUCACAAGUACAGACUUUUUAAAGUUAUGUGUACAGCCAUCAAUCAAUGUAUUUGGAAACUUGUUUUAUUAGAAAUAUCCAUAGGGAUUACUUGUUAUUUGAUGGCUGCAUAAAAUAACUCAGUGAAAAGCUAUUUUGCAAGUCUGUCAUUGUAAAGAAUUGGAAGCCAGGCAUUAAUGAGUAAUAACUUGCUGUGCAGUCCAUAUCACAAUUGGGUUGUAAAUGAAAGCAUGAAUUCACAUUAGAAUGAUGCUCAAUAUAUGCGCACUUAAGAUAGCAUGAGUCUGGUUAAAACAUUCAUAAGCUGAUGCAGGUUAGCCAUAUGUAUAUUGGAAUAAUGCUGAAAUAAUCAAUUAUAUCAAGCUGUUGCGCUGGAAUCUUGAAGUAUUUGUGAAACUGCCCUCCAAAGAUAUUUCUGCAGGAUGUGAGCACAAUUUUUGAACAAUUAGAACUGAUUUACAAUAGUAAAUCUUUCUAAACAUGUCCUGUCUCAUUAGAAACCAUUGUUUAACAUCAAAACAUCACACCCUAAGGAUACAAAUAAAUUUUGAUUAAACAUGCAAUGUUUCAGUGUUUUGAUUUUACACUUAAAGCAGAUUGGUGUGUGGAAAAUGUAAUAGUCGUGUAAGGUAUAAUUUUGAAUGUUGAAGUUGGUAUUCAACAGUUUUGCAUAUCUAAUAUUUCUCUCAAUUUUAUGCCUCUUGCAAACAGUCAAUUUCCUUCAGCAAAAUAAAGAUUGCCUCCUUUCUGUGGCCAUUUGCUUUGGCUCAACAUGGUGCACCAACUUCACACAUGACCCAGAAGAGUUCUUGAUCUUGGAUGCUGAAGACUGGAAUUGAAUAUUCCGUAUUUCCGUUGAUGAUGAGCAGAAUGUUUUUUUUUCUUUUUCUCAAAUCAUUGUUUUGAAAAAUGCAAAAUGCAUUAUACCCAAUUACUUUUUAAACUCCUUACAAGCCAUGGCAUUUAAGUCAACAUUUUUACAUCUGUAUGAUAGAAGGUUUGUAUUACUGACAUUUAUUUAGAUAUAAACUCUUUUACAAAAUGUAUAACACCAGCCAGAAUUCAUUUAUUGGCUCAGUUCCAAGGAAAAUUUUGAACCGUAGUUAUGUAAAGUGAAUGUCAGGGUACUGAUGAGUGUUGUGGAGCAGAGGGACAUCAGAAUAUAAGUGCACAAUUAGAUAAAAGUGGCUGCACAAGUUGACAGGAUGGUGAGGAAGGCAUUUAACAUGUGACAUUCAUUCUGGACAUGGAGUUUAAGAGUAAGGACACUAUCUUGCAGUUAUACAAGAUGUCAAUGAGGCUGUACUGAAAUAUUGUGUACAAUUUUGGUCCUCCCUAUUAUGGGAAAGACAUUAUCAAAGUAGAGAGAAGGUACAAGAGAGAUCUAUGAGGUUGCUUCCCGGACCAGAGAGCCUGUGUUUAUAGUAAGAGGCUGGGCACUCUAGAUCUUUAUUCCCUGGAGUGCAGGAGAAUGACGAGUGUCCUGAGAGUUAUGUUAUGAGGAGAAUGGUCAUAGUCUUUUCCACAAGACUGGGGAGCCCCAAACUGGAGGGCACAGAUGUAAGAUGAGAGCAAAGAGGUUUAAAAGGGCACUACAUAGAGGGUAGUGAGUAACUGGAAUGAUGAAACAAUUGUGACAGGUACAGUUGCAAUAUUUAAUAGACUUUUGGAUAGAUAGUACAUGGAGUGGAAGGUAAUGGGCUGAACACAGGCUGUACAGGUUAAACACCAUCUACCAAUGUUCCACCCAUUUUCAACUGGGCUAUACCCUCCUAAAUCUUUUGAUAAUCUGCCUCCCAUCUCCAAUUUCACCAAGUUUCAUUUCACUUGCAAAUUCUAAUGUAAACCCUUGCACUUUAUCCUUGUAAAUAUACUUUGCACACCCUCUCGGGAUAUCACAUCCUUCCUGAGAGGCAGUGACCACAUUACUACUUCUCCAGAACAUUUGUUUUCUGUUGACCAAGGGAGGGCUGCUGUUGGACCAUAAAAAUACCUCUGUUAAAAGUCUUUAAUUUUAUGGUUCUUAUUUUCAUUGUAUAAUUCAACUGUCCUCAUAUAUAGUAAAUAUAUAUUGACUAUUA